UUUAUUUCUAUCGGAUGUUUUCCGGAACUGUCGUUUUCCUUCACCAAGAUGGGGACGCAAAACAUAAUGCAAUUUGAAGUGUUAUCGUUCCGGAUUUGCGACCGAAAGAAUGCACAAAGAAGAUGUUUGAUAAUUAAUGCAUGCAUGUAACACAGAGUGUAAACUAACGUGGCCUAAUUAUGUGUAUAGUUAAAACUCUAGCAUUUCUAUGUUCAUUGUGGACAUCAUCUUUAGUUCUGGGUAUCAAACAAGAGGUAUUUCCCCAAUCAGCCUACAGGAAGUGGGAGGAUGCCGAGUCCAGUUGUAGGAAGGACGGAUUGGGACUCCUUGUGAAUAUGGACAAACUGACAUCAUCAUCAACAACGGAACUCGAGGACAGUAUUACAGACACUGAUCCAUACUGGACAGGCGGUUACAGACUCAGUGUGUUUUACUGGAACUUUGGGUGUUAUACAUUCGACUCUGUGGCAACAUAUAUAAAAACAUUCAACCAAAACGAUACGGCAAACUCUGUUGUGCAGUGCGCAGUGUUCUGUAGAGAAGAACGACAUUGGAUUGGACUUGUGAAGGGUUUCUGCUACUGCCUAAAUGCUGUUCCCCAAUCCUCUUCAGAAGUUUCCCAGUGUACUGUCCCGUGCCCAGGACACAAGCAAGACACAUGUGGUGACGAACAAGCCAUGUCCGUCUAUAAGCUGCUAAACGAAACCGAGACAACGGAAGACAUUGCUAACGAGCAACUGAAGAACAACGAGCAAUGUACCUACCUAGAAAUCAACGGAGGCAGAAUAGCGUGGAAAGUGGACGACUGCGCGCAGACGAAGAUGGUUCUCUGUCAAAACAGGACAAAAAAUGGAAUAGUAUUUAUGAAUCCACACUAUACUCCGAAAGACUGGGACACGGCUCACCAGGACUGCCGGGAUAAGAAGCUGGAGAUGGCGGUGGUCACUCUCAGUGAUACUUUGAAGCGUCCUUUUAACAGUCUACCUCCCAGUACAAGAAUAGAUAUCUGGACUGCCCUUUAUAGACACGUUUUAGAUCGCUGGACAGACGUAGAUAUGAAGGAAAAUCCAAAAGACUGUCUAGCCAUUCAAAAGAAUAAUUAUGGAGUCCUGGACAGAGCAUGGCAGCCAUGCUACACCCAGAAUAAAUAUGUUUGUCUCAGCGAAGGUGCAUCGCCAACAGUUGAGUCUGCAGUUAUAGGAACUCCAUCUCCAACCACAGUUUCAACAGAAAAAACAAAACAAACAACGCCAACACUCCAACAAUCAACAAUUCUAACCACUGUGUCAACAGAAGAAACAAAACAAACAACGCCAACACUCCAACAAUCAACAAUUCUAACCACUAUGUCAAAAACAGAAACAAAACAAACAACACCAACACUCCAACAAUCAACAAUUCCUACAGAACAAACAACAAAACAAACCACCAUCACAGCAACAAAACAGCCCCCAACAGAAGAGGUUACAACAUCACAACUGAUCCAAACAACCAAACUUAAAUUACAACCAAUAACAACUCCAACAACACAACAAACGAUCCCAACAGUAAAAGAAACAACACAAACAAUUCCAACAACGAAACAUACAACACAACAAACAACUUUUACAACAACAGUUGCUACAACACCACAAACAACUCCAACUAAACCCACAACAGAGAAAAUUUCUAUUCCAACAACUAUUCCAAUGGCAGAAGUAACAACACUGCAAAACAUUCCAACAACAAUAAAAUUAACAACACAAGAAACAAAGUUGUCAACAAUAGAACGGACAACAAUUCAAUCAACAGAAGUUACAACAUUUGAAUCACUUUCUACAACAGAUAAAACAACACAACAACCAACAACACCAGUAGCAGAGCAAACAUUUCCAAAAACAGAGGUAACAACACACCAGUUAAUUUCAACAACAGAAGAAGCAACACAAGAAAUUACAAAUAAGUUAUUUACACAAGAAACAACACAAACAGCAAUAUCAACAUCACAAGAAUUGUCAACUCCAAUUACAGAAGUUGAAACUACAUUUAAGAAAGAAAAACAAACAUUUCCCACAACAGCAAAACUAUCAACAGUGCUACCAACAGAACAAACAACAACUGUACAAACUUCUGUUCGAACAACAAAGCAAAUCAAUAUUUCAUCAGCAGUGCAACAAACGUCGCUUCCAGCAACAACAAUGGACACUAGAAUGUCAACAACUCGAUUCCAAACCCCUUUAUCUACAGAACAAAGUACCACUUUAAAGACUGAACAAACUUUUACGAAGGUAACAAAAAUAAUGCCAACAGAAGGAGCAAGGCGAACAACAAAAUUAACAAAGGCUGUUAUCAAUCCUUCAACAAAAAUCAUUCAUGGAAUGGAAUUCACAUUGUCGAAAUCUAUGGACAGUAUUGAAACUACAACCAAAGUUACACAAAGCAAGACAACAGAAGAAGAGGACAUGAAAGGAAAGUCAACACUGUCAAACAAAGAGUCAACAUCCAUUGGAAAUGCCUCUGAUAUAAUACAUCCGAAUCCUGAGAGGUCAAGUGAACAUGUCAGCCAUAUACCUACAACAGAGCUUAUCGUUGUGAUUGUCAUCUUCGUGGCUGUGCUGUUACUGGCAGUUUUUGUUUUUCUGCAGUGGUUCAUUAGAAAAAGAAGGAAAUCUGUGACCCUGAAUAGAAGAACAAGUACUGAAAUAACUUUCAAAGGAGAAGAGGAGAUGUUGAUAAGAUCAUAUAGUGAGAAGUCGGCAAACCUGUCCCCUAAGCCAUUACCUAGAAUUGAUAUCAAUACAGGUUCCCUCGAUGCUAUUGCUAAUAUUCCGGAUUCUCACAAAAAUCUGAACCAAAGUAAGGAGACACUGGAUAUUCCUUGGAUAGAUGCCUCAAGAAACACUCUUGAUGAUAUAGGUUUUCCUCUGGACACAGAGCCUCGUUCUGAAAAUAUUGGCGCCAAAUCUCAAUCAGCGCCUGAAUUAGAUCGGAUAGGUGAUGAUUCAGAAGAGGAAGACGACUCCGCCUUUAUGAAGACAUUUUCGCAUCCUCCCAUUGAAUCUGAAAUAUAAAAGUAUUUUGUGAAGAUUUUUCUGUGCUGUGAAAUAUUUUUGUUUUUUAAGCCGUAUUUUUUAAGUCAUGACUGAGCGUAUCAUGUUUAGUCGGUUUGCAGAAAAUGCAGAAAAUUUUAAUUCAUUGACAAGAUCCUUUUUCAUAUCAUUUCAAAAUUGAAUUGAAAAACAAAUAUUGAUAUUUAAACU